AUGCAACAUUAUUUGAUUUUAUUAAUAUUGCUUGGUAUUGGGCUGUGCUCUCCGGUAACAUUUGAAUUACCCAGAGGUCAAACGGAAUGCUUUUACACUUUGACGCCAAAAGAUCACUGUACAAUUAAUUACUACUUUGCAGUGCAAGGUGGUCAAUCCAAUGAUAAUACUGUCAACUACAAGAUAUAUGAUCCUAGCGAUAAGGAAUCACCAAUGAUUGAAAGAUCAAAUAUUCGUCUAGGUGAAUGGUCAUUCCCAGGAGAAUUAAGAGGUGAAUAUGCAUUUUGCUUCCAAGGAGGUAAUGAACAUAAUAAGAUUGUGGAUUUAGAUAUUAGACAUUCAUGUAAGAACGAAGCUGAUAUUUGGUCCGAAAGACGUAAAGCAAGAAGAGAAGCUAGACAUCUAAGAGAUUUGCACAAUGAUCCAUUACAAAGUUCAGUGGAAAAUUCAGUAGAUAAGAUUGAAGAACAAUUGUAUCAAUUAGAAAUCAAUCUAAUGUAUUAUAAGGCGAGGAAUAAGAGAAAUCACCAUACAGUUCGCUCAACAGAUUUCCGUAUAAUGCUCUUCUCUAUUUAUGGCAUCCUGCUGGUUAUCGGGAUGGGAUUAGUAGAGAUUAUAAUUUUGAAAUGGUUUUUCCGAGAAUCGAGAAAAUAUGCUAUUUAA